CUCGUCAUUAAAGGGCUUGAGGUGACAUCUCCAUAUGGAAACACACUUUAUCACAGAGAAAAUGUUACUGUAGGUCAGUUUGCAUUCACAACCACUGAGGCUGGCAACUAUCUAGCAUGUUUCUGGAAAGAUAGUGGCGACAAAGGUGUAGGUGCAAGUGUUAACCUUGACUGGAAGAUUGGGAUUGCUGCAAAGGACUGGGAUUCAGUUGCUAGGAAAGAAAAGAUCGAGGGUGUCGAGCUGGAACUAAAGAAACUAGAAGCAGCCACACGGGCAAUCCAUAAUAACCUGUUAUAUCUCAAAGCCAGGGAAGCAGAAAUGAGGGAAGUGAGUGAGAGAACGAAUGCUAGGGUUGCAUGGUUCAGUAUUAUGUCCCUCGGUGUUUGCAUUGCAGUCUCUGCUCUGCAAUUGUGGCAUCUAAAGCGGUUCUUCCAAAAGAAGAAACUUAUUUAGAUCAGUACCUGAUAAAUGUAUUCUAAUGUGCAAUGUUACUUUUAAAAACAGGAGGGAUCAAGAAGUUCUAUGUUACAAGCUUUUCAUAUACAUGAUGGUAACAUUAUUUUGCAUUUGUUUACCCUACAUGAGAUUGAACUGUAGGAUGGCCAUGGAAACAGGUGCAUAUGGAAUUUGGUGGACGCAA